GAAGAAGGACAAAAAGGAGAAGAAGGACAAGAAGCAGAAGAAAGAUACCAGUAAAGAAAAUGUGUCCUCAGCCUCAGAGUCAGGGGAUGAUUGGGUUGAAAAAGAAACAACUGACUCUGUCACAUCAUCAAAACCAGGUGAAGUUCAGGUAAUGCAACAGCAGCGUGACAGCUGGAUGCUGUGUCCGCCAGUUACGUCAAGCUCCCAGGAUCCUGUGCAUCUGGUAGAAGAAGAAGAAGAAGAAGAAGAAGGAGAUAAGGAAAGUAAAGAUGAUGGCAAAACAAAAGCUCUGUCUUGCAUGGAUCGGCCAGGACAGCAUGCUAAAGAACUGAAUCCAUACUGGAGAGGUGGAGGCACAGGUUUACCAUCUGAGAAGAAGAGUUCACAGGACACCCAUCACAUGGAAGGAAAUGGCGGACAUUCAUUUAGCAGCGCUUGGUUAAAGAGAGCUUAUAAAAGGGCCAAAGAUGAAGCUGAAGAGGAGGGUAAGAGUUUUGCUGAUAUUGUUGCUAAAAGAUAUGGGUCUGUACAGAAACUGGAAUCUAUGAUCCAAGAGGCCGAGAAGAGAGAAGAAAAGCGGAGAGGAGAGGAAUUCAGGCAGAGAGACAGAGAAAGAUACAGAGGCGAUUUACGGGAAGGUAGGGACCGUAGACGUCGCGACAGAGACAAAGAAUGGAGACGAAACAGAGACAGAAGCCCUGAGGACAGAUCUUCUCGGGACAAAGAAACAACUCACAGGUCUACAAGAGACGAAGAGGAAAGUAAAUGGAGAAGAAGACCAGAACAAGGGGAGAGAGGGGGAGAGCGACCAAGGGAUGACACAAAAAGAUUUGCUCGUCCUGGGGACUUCGCUGACGAUAACAGGUCGUCCUUCGUUGGUAAGUUUAAGCGUCCUGGUUCUUCGACAUCCACACCUCAGAAGUCUUCAACUUGGGACUUCGACUCGAAAGAAAACACAAAUAAGGAAAGGCACUCUUACGACAGACCAAUCUCCAGGCCCUCGGGCGGAUGGAGAAAGAAGACAGAGACUGGAACUGAGAAGAGAUCGCCCCCACCGGAAGUAAAGCGCACCGAGGAGAAAGAAUCAGUCUCGGAAGUGAAACCAGAAUCAGAAACGGACAACAGCUCGAGCUCUGAGGAAGAAGUCGAAGAGAAAAAACCUGUUGUGAUUCCUGCAAAGAAAAUCACUGAGAAGGAUUUGAAUGACAUCGGAGCAAAGAUUGUGAAGGCGGAAAUUAUGGGAAAUGAGGAUUUAGCAACUAAGUUGAAGGCGCAGCUGGAAGAAAUGAGGGAAAACAAGAAGCUCCAAGAAGCGCAAGUGGAAGAAAGUGGUACAGCAGAGGAGCAGAUGGUUUUAUUAACACGAACAGAUGCAUCAGGAAACGUAUGGCCGGUGGAAAUGACAGCUGAAGAAACCAGUGGAGGACGAAAGAAGCGUCGAAAGGUUGCCACGCAUGGUAAGGAAGGUAAAAGGGAGAGGUACUUCGCAGAUGAUGAUAAUUAUGACCUGAAAGAAAUGGUGAGAAGAGAGAAAACGAACUCUGGGCGAAAUGAUCCCAUGAUGGCAAAAAUGUUCAAGGCAAGCGCAAAAUUCUCAGAUGACUUCGACAUAGACGAUCAUUUUGUGUCAUCUGCUGCACAAGAGAGAUCUGCGGCCGAAAUGGAACAACGAGAAAAGCAGAGAGCAAUCAAAGAGCAUAGACAGUUGGCUGCUCAACUUGCACAAUGUCGCUUCUGUUUUGAGAACCCUGACAUCGCCAAACAUCUCAUCAUUGCUAUUGGACUCAAGGUUUAUCUGGCGCUUCCUUUGCACGAGUCUCUCACAGAAGGUCAUUGUCUUAUCAUCCCUAUGCAACACUGUUCUGCGGCUACCAUGCUGGACGAGGACGUUUGGAGUGAAAUUCAGAUUUACAAAAAAGGCCUCACCAAGAUGUUUGAAGAAAAGGAGGAGGACGUGGUUUUCUUAGAAACACACAAACAGUUACGGAAGCAGCAUCACAUGAUCAUCGAAUGCAUUCCCCUCCCUAAAGAAAUCGGAGAUAUGUCUCCCAUUUAUUUCAAGAAAGCCAUAUUAGAGUCAGACACAGAAUGGGCACAAAACGUGAAAUUGGUGGACACAAGGAAAAAAGGGCUGCGUGCGUCAGUUCCAAAGGGUCUCCCGUAUUUCAGCGUCGAGUUCGGACUGGAUGGGGGAUUUGCACACGUCAUUGAGGAUGAAACGCUGUUUCCUUUAUAUUUCGGCAAAGAAAUUAUUGGGGGUAUGCUCGACCUUGAGCCCCAAAGAUGGAGAAAUCCACGGCGUGAAAAUUUUGAGCAUCACAAAAGAAAAGUGCUGCAGUUUGCAGACUGGUGGAAACCUUAUGACUGGACACGAAAGAUAGAAAGAAAUUGAAAGAUGUCGCCAAGAAUGUUGGUUCAUAGCGGGGUUCAAGUGUACUUUCCAGAAUGACGUAGUCCCGUGAGUAGGAUAUGAGGGCAGUCGUAUCCGACCUUUUACCACAAAGCUUGGUGGUAGGAGCUAAAAGAUUUUUAGUGAAGUGUUUCCAGCCCAAAUCCAAAGUAAACACCACAGCCAGUUUUAGAGGAAUGUUUAUGAAGGAACCAGUAGAAACUCAAAGUGAAAACAAGUUGGCUGGCUAAAGCGCGGGAAAACGCCAUGCCUUGGUUUCAGAUUUGCACCUGAGUGGUGAAAAGGAUGGCGCGAGUUUCUUAAACCAAUCACAGACCACUGCAACAGACAAGGCGCUCUUUAAAUGCGCCAAGUUAACAGUGCGCAGUGGAUUACGAAACAUGACAGCAUAGGGGAACGUGACUCGGACACUUUAAAAAUUAAACCAGGACAGGAAGAGUUACUUUAUUUAUUGCCCAGUACAUCGACUCUUAUCGUAAAAAAAUGAAUCUCCCGAAGUGGAAUUGUAAUCAGAGUCCAAACAACGUGAAAUAGACAUUUUUUUAAACUCAAUAGAGAUAAUAAAACGCUUAACAGUAUUGAAAUUGGCUGUUUAGUUUCCUGCAUAAAAAAAUGUAACAUGAAGCGAUGAUCUCAAUCCUAUUUCUACUCCGCUGGCUGAGGGCAACGCAGCCUCAGCGAUUGAAGUUUUCAUGUAUCGUUCAUUAUUUGCUUAUCGGUUUUAAAUCUUUUCGAUUAUAUAAAACUUGACGUAUUUUUCCCGUUACAGAAGUUAAUUACAUUGUAAAGUAACGAAAGGAGAGAAAAUUUUAGAGCGAGAAUGUUAAAGACAGCGAAUCGACAAACACAUGAAGUUCAUUGA